UUCGGUUCCGUCUCCCAGAACUAAGGAGUGAUAUUUCACGGCGGUCGCUCUAGGGUUUGGGUUUGCGUGAAUGGAGGGCAAUAUUCUAAGCGAUGUCUUCCAGCACCUCGAGCAGCAUCGCUCUGCGGAUGCGGAUGAGCGAAAGUGCCGCGAGUACCAGCAGCUUCUUGUCAAGCAACGCACUGAGGUUCAACACCUUCUCGAGCAACAGCAGCAACUCAACGAGCAGCAGCAGCGGCUCAACAAGCAACUCCAGCAGCUGCUCCGGCUGCCGCCAGAGCCAAAGCCAGAGCCAGAGCCUACUGUGGUCUUUCCAAAGGAAGAACCUGUGCUGCGAGUUGUGAAUGGCUGGUACACUGGCUGGGACAUAAUUUCCAAAGCGCGGGAGGAUGCGGCAAUCGUCGGGAUCGACCAGUUUGGCCACCGUGCAGUACACUUGCCCGAUCAUGCGUGCGUCGUGGUGGCUAGAGACGGCCUCGAAGUCUUCCAGCGGCUUGAUCUUCGCUUCCCGAAAGCCAUAGACAACAAGACGACCACUGGCUACGUUCUCUCGGACUAUGAUAUGUGUGGAGACAAUGCCGCCGGAGCUCGAAUGGUGGUAACCGAGGACCACAUUUCGCCAAGCAUGGGAAGCGUGGGCACGGAUCGUUACGAGGACGAGCCUGGAGAGCAUUUGGUGAUGGGAUGCGACGAGUCUGGAAAGCUGAUAGUCCGCUGGGGACAAAUGCUUUGGGUCAAGCUUCCCAGCGGCUUGAAGAUUCCAGAUUUUUACCGCGAGAAAUGUGCGCACUUCGGCAUCGGGAGCGGUGCGGAACUCGAUGGAGGUGCAGUCUUUACUCGUGCUGGUUUCCUUGGCAUAGCUACGAGAAAUGAUGAGCGGAGUUACUGGAUUUGGCGAGUCUGUGGGACGGAAGCUCCUUGCGUGCGGAUUAAAGUAAUCAAAUGCAAAGACAAGCUUGCAAAAGCAGGAUUUGUAGCAGAGAAGUUGGAGGCCACAGCCUGCCAUGAAAGCUUACUGUCCUGAGGUUUGUCACUCCUUGCCAGGUACUUCUUGGAACUUUGAAGUUAUUUCUAGGAUUCCUGGAGAAAUUGAAGAGCGUUUAGUUAUGAUACUUGAGAAUUCGACCUGAAUAUAAAAUCGGCUCUUUUUCU